AUGAGCGACCCUGCCCCCCAGCAACCCAGCCCGACCAAAAGAGGUCGCGGCAGAGGAAGAGGCGCCUCAUCACGAGGUGCUGCUUCUGCUCGCGCUGGCAGAAAACCCACUGCCGGGCGACGGGGCCGCCAAAAGGUCUACGAAACAUCUCGCGCCCAAGCAGCUCAUGAGCGUCAGCGCGAUCUGAAAAAUGCUUAUGCUACCGUGGCAGCUGCCAUGAGACCGGCUCUCGAGGAGCUUGCAGAUCGGAAUAUCGACUUGCUCAAGUCCAAAUUUGACGCUCACCAGGAGGUCGACCAGUACACCGAGAUCACCCGCUUCCUGGACCAGCGACUCCAAGGUCGGCUGUCGGAGCUUGACGCAAAAUUGAAGCUCAGCACCGCAACCGCACAACACGAGUGGGACGCAAAACAGGACUACACCGGCCAGUCAUUUCACAACCGCUGGGAUGACCUGGUUGAGGACUACCUCGACGCUCAGCUCAGGCGCCUCGAUAUACUGGAAGACCUGCAGAGGACCAGGGAUCCAUUAAACAAACUGGACCUCUCCUGGAACUACAAAUCAAUCACCACAGAAGAGGCUGCCGAGCAAGGCAUCUACCGAAAGAUCUACAAGGGUGUAGAAGUUCCUUAUCCUCACCUCCAUCCAGAGCUGGCCUCGGAGGCAAGCAAGUCCAAGGCUACCCGGACUCCCAUCAAACGCAAGGGUGCGGAGCUCCUCGAGGGCCAACCCACCCCUAAGCGGCCUGUGAGCUCUCUAGACAACAAGGUUGGCGCAGACCUUCCUCGCCACAUUGGUGGUCUGCUCUCUGCAGUGGCCCCAGAUGAGCCUGCAAGCCAACCCCCAUCACCCUCACCUGUUGAUGACAAUGAUGACAACCCAUCUCCACCAAAUGAGCCAACCACGGCAACCCGCGGCAGGAAACGAAAGCAGGUACCUGCACGGUCGCCAUCGGCUGAAGUCGAAGAGUCUGAUGCUGGUGAGGACGAGACUAUGCCUCCACUUCCAAAUGGUGCAGCAGAGCCCGAUGAACACGGCGCUCGGCUCAUCAACAAGAGGGCCAGAGCAGGCGAUAUGCCCAACAAUCGCAUCAUGCUUCCAGCACUGUUCGAGUAUGAGCCCCACGAGAUUGGCUUCCGCGACUCGACCAACGACAAGAGCCGUGGCGCCACCAAAGCUAAGCGCAAGAAGUUUCUGGGCCAACCCAACUCGAACGCCAUGUUCUUUGACCGUACCCUUUGGACCUACGAUGCAACACAGUAUGCAGAUGGUGACCUCGAUCAGGACUUGAUUGCGAAGCACAAACUGCAUCCCAAAUACGGUCUGUUCAUGGAGAACUCUGCCAACGACGCAGAACCACCUAGACCAUACCAGUCUGGCUGGAAACCUACUGUAUUUGUACCACCCGAUGGGAAGAUCAUCCAUACCUCUCGAUCUAUUUCGAAGGCUAAGGCCGAAGGAGCCUACGUCAAGAAGACACUGAAGAGCAUGCUGAGUCAGUUCAUGGACCAGGAGGACUUGACGGAAGAUGACCUCUAUGAUCCCGAGACUGAGAGGUUAUUGCAUGAACGCGAAGACAACCGGAUUAAACUUGAGCAGCAAGAAGACGAGGCUCAAGACGAGCAAGACCAGCAACUGGGUGCUUAUAACAUCGAAUUGCUUGUCAACGCCUCCUCUGCCUUGGAGUCCCGAGAGGCCCAAGAAGCCCAAAGUAUACAGGAGGCCCAGACUGCGUCACCAGUCCUGUCACGACCCUCGACAAUGUCACGGCCAUACGACGCUGUCAGAGACAUCUUUGGAAACUCCAAUUUACCCCCUGCUGCAGCAUCAACACCGCCUGCCGAAGAUGUGUCGGCCAUGAAGUUUCUGGCAGAUAUUGCCAUUCAGGAAGCCGGUGAACCGCAAAACAAGCUGGCACCCAACUCCAAUAUCGAAGAGCCGCCGCAAAUUCCAAUUCAGAUGCCUGAGCCGGUCCGUCCAAAGCAGCUGCGAGAUCCCCAAGAACUCGUGCAAGCGGACGAUGCGAUGGGGUCCCUAGAAUACCCUGAUCCUCAACAAGGAUCUGCGCCGCAAUUGGCUAUGCCGGAGCACUUUACGGGCGGAGACCGGACAUACGCUGUGCAGCCUCAUCAAAACUACCACGACCAGCAGGUGCCACAGUCCCCCUUGGCGCCGCCCGAGCACUUCACCUACCGAGGCCCUGAGAGUGUACACGAACGACAGCACGCGAUGCAGGCGAUGCAGCCUCCGCAACCAGCUCCUGGUCAAUACGGACAAAAUCCUCCCCCAGCACCUCCAGAGCCAUACGGAUAUAGAGAGGCAGACGUACCUUACGAACAGCCACAAAUGGCGAGGUCGUUGCCACAUGCGGCUGACGAGCGACAUGUGCCAAUCCCCAAUACGGAUGAUGCACUCUUGGACCCACAACUGUUCGAGGAUGGUCAGCAACCAAAAGGUCCCCAGCAUCAGAAGUCACAGCAGGCUCCGCAACAACAGUUGUCACAGCACAGCAACACGCUUCAGCAACCGCAGACCAGUUUCUUCCAGACUGCUCUCAAUUCUCCAUCCACUCCUACACCACAGGGGCCGCCGCAGGGCCCGCCGCAGGCACCGGACUAUCCUGAGCCUCCUCAAAUGACGCAACAGUAUGCCGGACCGCCCCUGGCUGCUGCUCCAAGACCAGCUGUACCUACGGAGGGAUCACCGGGACGGACCCCCUUUAGUAAUCCAGCUGGCCUAGAGACACAGCCGUUGCCGCCGUUACGACCGCUACACCGUGGCUCGGGGUCGGGUCAGCUCAUGCACCCAACGACCCCCGGACCUCAAGCACCCCAGCACAUCACGACGAACACUAAUGACCAAAUGGCAAAUUAUCCGCCGCCACCUCCAUCUCAAGCAUAUGCUGACCAGCCCUAUCAAUCGAACGGAUAUGGGCCCGAUCAACCUCUAAUGUCUACCGAGCAAGGCCCUCGACCAGGUUACAUGGCCCAGCCUGUAAUGCAAUCCGGCCAUCAACAGCCGACGUCCUAUUCCAUGCAGCAUUCGUAUCCACCUGGGGCACCAAUGGGAUCUCAGCAUUCAGCACAGUACGAUCAAGGCGCCGGGCAACAGAGUCAGGUUCUACAAAGCCCUCCUCCAUAUCACAACACACAUUCAGCAGUCUCGACCUCUCCAGGCAGACGCAGCGGAAGCAUAUCAUCCACGCGCAACAACAGCAACAAUAAACAGUACCGUGAGAUCAAGCCCGCACCUCGACAGGCUGAGACUUGGGACAACAAUGGAUCAGAGCUGCGCACUCUUAUGUACAAUCCGUACGAAGGCAUCAGGGACUACUCAGCCACGGCACCACCGCCCUCGCACGGGCCCACGCAGAUCCGAGGUUGGACGCAUACGACGGGAAGUAGGAAGUCUCGUGGCAAGAACUCAACGGAUUCGCAAGCUGACCCUUCGCCGGCGCGGGAAGACAAGAAGCAGAAACACUCUAAUGCCGAGGCGACGGAGCCAAUUUCUGCGCAGCAAGUUCCUGUAGAGAAUGGUCCUCAGGAACAAGGGCCCAACGCGCAACGGUUCAAAGAGCAGGGACCCAAAGCGAAAACAACGGGCCAGCCUGGAACUGUUCACAGCUUAGCCAUGCAGCAAGAGCCGACCUGGGAAGAAGUCAUUCAUCCACCAACCCACAAGUCCAAGAGCAAGAAGCGCGGGCCAAUUGACGACAAGGAGGACUGCGACCCCCCCGUGAAGCGUCAAAAGAUUGAAGGCGAGGGAGAAUGUGGUCCAACAACGGAGACGCCAGUCCAGUUCCGCCCUGCCAAUCGUGCCCCGCCGACCGAGGAGGAUCUUGAAUUAACCAAGCCGCUUCAGGGGCCUUGUUCAGAUGCUGAAGAGGGGAUAGACGAUGGAUUUGAGCAAGAUCUUGAAUACGAUCAAUCCUCGCCGCACACUAAACGGGUGUCCGAGCUGAGAGGUAGCCGCCCCAAGAGAUCCUCCAGAACGAGACACAUGGAGAAAGUUGCCAGACGGAGCGAGUACGGACUCAGGAGCGGCCUCAGGAAGGAAUGGUCAAUGAGCUGA